UAAUUUAAACUACUAAAAGAGCAAAGUUAGAUGGCCAGGAAAUGGUGAUUUCUGGUCAGACGACUACCGCGUUAUUUAUUCUGGUGAUGAAACACCAGGACGAGCGGGUGUAGGAUUUAUUAUAAAUAAGAAAUGGGGCCACCAAAUAGUGAGCAAAAUAACAUAUAACGAUAGGCUUAUAUUGAUUAAGNUUAGAGAAUAUUAAACUAGAAAUUAUGAGAUUAGACAUAGACAUACUAGGUGUGAGCGAAGUUAGAUGGUCAGGAAAUGGUGAUUUCUGGUCAGACGACUACCGCGUUAUCUAUUUUGAUGAUGAAACACCAGGACGAGCGGGUGUAGGAUUUAUUAUAAAUAAGAAGUGGGGCCACCAAAUAGCUAGCAAAAUAACAUAUAACGAUAAGCUUAUAUUGAUUAAGCUUAGAGCUAAACCAAAUGAUAUAGUACUAAUCCAAGUGUAUUUUCCCACAUCAGAUGCAGAAGAUGACGCUAUAGAAGAGGUAUAUUCUGGCCUAGAAGAGCUUUGUAAACUAGCAAAAGGAGAAGAUAAUUUAAUAAUAAUGGGUGAUUGGAAUGCUCUAGUAGGAGAAGGUGCAGAGGGUCAAGAAGUAGGUGCAUUCGGUCUAGGAACUAGAAAUGAAAGAGGAGACCGCCUUGUAGACUUCUGUAAGCAACAUGAUAUGACCAUAACUAAUACAUUCCAAAAUAUUCACCGCAGAAAAAGAUAUACUUGGAAAAUGCCAGGGGAUAUCAGAAGAUAUCAAAUCGACUAUAUCAUAGUGAGGAAGAGGUUCAGGAAUCAAGUACAAAGAUGCAAAACAUAUCUAGGCACAGACGUGAACAGCGACCAUAAUCUUCUCAUGAUGAAAUGUAAUGUAGUGUAUAAGAAACUAACAAGAAGAAAUCAAACAUCAAGGAAAUACGACUUAAGAAUGCUAAAAGAUAAUACCANAAAUACAGCCUAUACAUCCUACACCAAUGAAAAAAUAAAGUUAAACCCGCUAUUUCCAAGUGACACUACGGAAGACAAAUGGAAUAAAAUAAAGGAUGCUAUACAUAACGCAGCCAGCAACACGUUGAAAAGAAACUCACCAGAGCCUAGGAAACCAUGGAUAAACGAUAACAUUAUAAGAGAUAUUGAAGAGAGAAGGAAAUAUAAAAACGCCAAAGAUAAUCAUGGAAUACGGAGAUAUAAAGAGCUGAAGAACAAAAUUAAUAGAGAGGCAAAAUUUGCAAGAGAGAAAUGGUUAGAAGAAAAGUACCGAGAAGUGGAACAAUUGCUUAGGAAUAACAGGUUGGAUCAAGCGUUUAACAUAAUUAAGAAAUUCUUUAGAGGAAAAAAGAAACUAAACAGCAGAAUAAGAGACAUAGACGGAAACUUGAUACUGGAUAACGACAAAAUAACAACAAGAUGGAAAAAAUAUCUUGAAGCUUUAUACCAGGAAGGAGAAGCAGCUAAUCUCAAUAAUAAUAACAAUCCAGAUAUGCAAAGAGAAGUAAUCUUAAGAGGCGAGUUUAGCAGAACUUUAAAGUUAAUGAAAACAGGUAAAGCAGCCGGUAAAUAUGACAUAGCAAUGGAACUUAUUCAAAAUGCGAGUACAGAAUUACAAGACGANGAGAUCCCAAAAGACUUCAAGGAAAGCAUUAUAAUACCUAUACCUAAAAAUGCAACGGCAGAUAAAUGCAAUGAAUUUAGAACAAUAAGUUUAAUGGCACACGCAGCCAAAAUCCUAGUAAAGAUAAUAUGCUCCCGAAUUGAGAGCAUAGUAGAAAAAGAGUUAAGCGACAACCAAUUCGGGUUCAGAAGGAACAAAGGUACUAGAGAGGCAAUCAUAAGCUUAAGAUUAUUGAUAGAAAAACAAAUAGAAUUUAAUAAAGACACAUUUAUAGCGUUUAUUGAUUUGGAAAAAGCUUUCGAUAAGGUACCAUGGAAAGGUCUAUUCUAUACUUAA